GUCUCUUUCUCAUCCCUACUGCUUUUUGCUAUUUCUUGCUCUCUUUCUAGCUUUUUCUUCUAUUCCAUUCUCUAUAUUCAGAUUCUUUCCUCUUUAAUCCAACAAGCCUACUGAACAAUGAAGAAAUUUAUUCUGAAAUUAGAUUUGGAAGAUGAUAGAGAAAAAAGGAAGGCCUUGAAAACUGUGGCUGCUCUUCCAGGAAUCGAUGAAAUUUCAAUGGAUAUGAAAGGUAAGACAUUAACCAUUAUUGGGACAGUUGAUCCAGUAAUUGUGGUGAGCAAAUUGCGCAAAUUUUGGGCAACAGAAAUAAUGUUAGUAGGACCAAAAGAGGAACCAAAGAAAGAAGAACAAAAAGAGGAAGGCAAGAAAGAGGAAGAAUCAUCCAAAGAGGAAGCAAAGAAAGAGGAGCCAAACAAAGAAGGAGAAGACAAGAAAGAAGAAACAAAAAAGGAAGGAGCAGUGGUAGGCAUGGUAAUGCCAUAUAGACCUUAUUAUCAUCAUCCUCCUCCUAUGCACACAUAUAAUUACCAAGUUCAUCACAGUAUAGAAGAAAAUCCUAAUGCAUGUGCUAUAUGUUAAUUUUAUUUUUGCGUAUCAGAGCGACAAAGGGCUAAAUCUUAGUUAAUGGUAUGACAACUACGUCAUUUUAGGAAUAUCCGAUAGCGUUAUAUUAUUAUUUUAAAUUGGUUGGAACACUUUGGGAUCUUAUAUAUAUGUAUGUGUAUGUAUAUGAAUAUCUAUAUUUUUGUGCUUCUCUUUA